AUGGACAAAGCCAGUUUAACAAGUUUGGAAAACUUAUUGAAGUUCCCAGGCAGUAAUCACUCCGAUCCAGUCGCCGAUGCAUCAGUGUUGACGUGUGGAUGUUUGGUGUCUGAAAGUCUAUUUCUCCAGAUUCAACAAGGAACAUGCCCCAAUUGUAAAACCACCAAUGUGUCAAUUUUAUCGGAAAUUAAACCGCUAAGGGAAUUACACCGCUUGAUCACUCAUUUCAGCACACAUACUAAUACGUAUGCUCAAUCUAGCAUCAGCAGGCGACGUCGGUCAUCUUCCAAAAAGAGCUUUAAAGAAGAAGGUACACAACAGUAUGGUGAGUCAAUGGACUUGCUCAGUUUAUUCUACAAGUUUGCAAAAGAAGAGGAGUACACUGAUGGUGCCAAACCUACACAUGCUACAGCACCGCAAAUAGAAGCAAGUGCCAGUGUUCAACCUAUCGAAAUCAAACAGCCACCCCGCAUACUGACGGAUAUUGAUAUUGGAUCAUUACAAUUACAGAAAACACCGUCGGCAUCACCACGAAACAACAAUCAAUUGUGGGGAUUUGAAACCAGCACGGCAGCAUCAAUUACUAACCAUUCGCCAGAAUUAAAGUUUGAAAAGAAUUUGUUGAAGAGUAUAGGUGAACAGAAGGAGUACAACUUCAGUAAAUGUUUCCCAUUCCACAGAAAGUUAAGCACAUUCCCCAUGUUGAAGUUUAAUUUCUCGUCCAUGGUGAAACUGGGAUCAAGUAUAAAGAAAGCUAUAAGCACACUGAUUAACUCAUAUCAUGAUUACGCCUCCGGUAAAGAAAUCACUCGAUUUGUGUUGAUAAAUUCCAAGCGGUGGGAACUUUACGAGUAUGCUGUUUCUAUAAGUGAUAUAGAGAAGGUACAGAUAAAACCCCAAUUGAUAUUAUGCGGGAAACUGACUGGUGAGUUUGCCGAAACUGUCAACGGUCUUAACCAAGCAAUUCCUAGACCUUCUAUUAAAGAAAGUAUUGUUCGGAAUGAGUUUGGAGCAAAGGGAGAUAACACCAAUGAUGUGGAAGAUAUGAAGAAACGAUUAUUGCAAUGGGAUCAAAUUGAAUGUUAUUUAACCAAAAACUAUUUGGUAAUUACUGGUACCAAGGGGGUCUUGCGGGUGUUUAAUGUCAAUAGAACGUCUCCUUACUUAUUCGGUCAACCAAUUUACUCAUAUUUAACAAAUUUCCCAAUUAGAUGUGUCGCAGUAUCACCAAAUGAUGCAUUAAUUGCUUGUGGUAUUACUGCAAAGGAGAGAUUAUCAGGCAAGGAACAACCAUUUGUUAUUCUCCAUACUCUCACCUUCUCCGAGACCGGGCAACUUGGUUCUGUGAACCCUAUCACUAUUACUAUUCCUUAUAGAGACCCUAUAAAGUUAAUCAGUUUUAACGCAUCGUCGACGCAUUUGGUGUGUGGUACUCUGUGGGAAUCGAGAUAUUUGGUCAUAAAAUUAAAGAGUGACAAAGAAGACAAUUAUAGAAAACCACGAUUGAUUUGGUCGGAUUUCACUUAUAAGUCAGCGAGAAGAAGCAAAGCCGGUAUGGAAGAUGGUAAAGAGUUUGAUGAUAAAUUGGAUGCGGAUAAUGAAUUAAUGAUGUCAAAUGAAGGAAUGACCGAUUUGCAGUUUGGUAACAUAUUUUCUAACGCUGUAGUUGUCACGUCGUGUUCAUUAAAGAGCAGGCCUCCCAUGAUUAUCCACUUGGAAGGAGCCAUGAUCGACAGUUCAAAGAGUCAUAAUGUUGUUGAUACGUAUAGUAUUCAGAAUAGUGUUACUAGUGCAGACGAAGAGGAUUAUUCUAGUAUUAAAUCUGCUGAAGUUAUCAUGAAGAUCCCUGAGAUCGGGUCGUUAAUUCAUAGGUUUGCCAUUUCACCUACAGGUGAUGGUAUAGUGUUUUUGGCUAAAGACGGGAAUGUGUACUUGUUAUCAGGGCCAAAUUUCAAAAACAGGUUGUCUACUACAUCGAUUGCAAAUUCAAAGAAAAUUGUGGUGUUAUUGGGGGAAGUUGCAAAUGCCGAAAGGUUCUCAGAGGCAGCAUCGAUAAAGUUUUCCCCCGACGGUGGUAAAGUUUUUGCUGUGGAUAGAAAAGGGGUGUUUACGGUAUUUGAUUUCACUAAAGGUGUGCCUGGUCAUGAUCCUGAUGUUAUCAAGUGUAAGAUCAUUAACUUGUAGAAAGGUGCCGUGCCUUUGUAUCCCUCGGUGUUUAAAUGCCGUUGUGGCCUUAUGCGGCAAGAAGAAAUGGUGUACAUGCAUCCUGUAUAUAAAAGAAUAUUCUCCGAUGACUUUUGCCAUGCAAAGAACAAAAGACCGUUUAGCUAAAAAAAAAAAAAA